UCUGCCUCUGGGCUUUUACUUCCCUAUUCGUCCCAUUUACAUACUAAUUCUCAUGCUACACAUUCUCCAGAUCCGAUCAAUUCCAGGGUCUCCUUCAUCCCCCACUUUCCUUACUGGUACAAAGUUUUGAUAUUUUCCUCGAAGGUUUGAAAUUUACAUAUGUUCUACAUGCUUUUCUCAUUGCACUCAUAGGCUAAACUUUUGAUUCAUGUAAUUGCAAUUUCAAGAAUUUUGGGGUUGUGAUUGAUGAUAGAAGAAAACCCAUUUCUUAUAGUUGGAUAAUUUCACUACCCAGUAGAGCUUUAGGGUGCUUUUCAUCAUUUGAGAUCACGCCCACUGUGAAUUGUGAAUUUUAUGCUUGAUUGAAAAAGUAUUGCUUUGUGUUGGGUGAUUGGCGUUUAGGGUUUAAGGGUUUCAAAGAAGUUAGUUAGAUCUGUCACUGGGUUCAAAAUGGAUUUGCAUUUGAAGAAUUUGUUUGGGAGAUUCCAAGAGCAGUUUGGUUCUGGUCCUGGACUGGGUCCUGGAUCUGGAACAUGUCUUAUGAAAGUAGAAGGCAUUGCUCCUGCUUUCAUUAAGUCGAUAUUUAGAGCUGCAGCGGCUCUUUAUAGAACUGAUCCAUGGAAGAGGUUGCGGCCUGGGCAUUUGUUUGGAAUCCGAGUUGGGAAAGAUUCAGAUUGGUCCAGCAAGAAACAGCCGUUCCCUUGUGUCCAAUUCAUUGGAGGGGAUGGUGGGGAUCUUGGAUUUAUUAUGUUCAGAUCAGAAAAUAAUGCUCGGAGGAUGACCAGCUCUAGAGAGACAAUUCGGGUUCCAAAUGUUGAGGUUUUAAGGGUCACAUAUGAAUUGGAGUCUAUAAUUUUUCCAUCAAACCAGAGAAUGAUUAGGUCUUUGUCAUUGGAAGCGUCAGGGACUGAUCGGUUUCCUGCUAUUGAUGUUGCCCGGUGCAUGUCAUCAGGUGGGCUUCAGUUUAGGAAUCCGACUCUUGAAGAGCUUAGGUUUGUGUAUGCCUUCAUGAAAGCCAUUUCUUUGUUACACCCCUUGCUUCAGCAAGAUAAAGAAGCUGGUCCAAAGUGGUCAAGGCUGAUGUGUUUUGAGCCAUUCAUUGAAACAGUUGAUGUGCAGUGGCCUCCUGAAAUGGCCAAGGGUUAUGAUCUUGUUGCAGUGACAGUCUCACAUCCACCCGGUCAGGCAUAUGAGGAAAAGACCAGCUCAACGGCUAGCUCAACACCUACCAAAUAUGCAGAACCGCCUAAGGAGGAUGUUUUUGUUGAUACAAAAGUGGCCUCAACCGUGGGUUUGAGGCAGUGUGCAAUGUGUGAUAAAGAAGUUCAUGGAGAACAAUCCCUAUGUUGUGGGCGAUGUCGAGCAGUUAUUUACUGCAGUCCUGUCUGCCAGAAGCAACACUGGAAGGAGACACAUAAAAGCUUGUGUGGUCUCUACAAAGCUAUGAUGGAAAGAGAAGAAGAGUUGGCAAUGAAAAUCUUCAUGUUCCCAUGUGCUGUAGAUCUACCAUGUAAAUGGCUUGAAUCCUUAGGUAUCCAUCAAAAGGGUAUGUGGAGGAGAAAGUGUAGUUGCUAUUCUCACUGCCCUUUCGGUCUCCUUCCUGUUAAAGGUGGGCUGUGGGAUUCAUGGGGUGGACUGGAUGAUGAAGAAUAUCCUCGCGAUUCACCUUUUCACAAUCAUUUUUUAAGAGAAGGGAUGUCAAGUCCAAUCCUUCUCUCCAGUUGGUCUGAGUACUACAAUCUCCGGUCACUGUCAUUGUCAAGCCCUGUUGCAGACAUUCUCUCACAUGCAUUGACAGUUUAUUACAUAUUAACCACACUCAGUACCAGUUCAAAGAACCUUUUACUCAAAGGGAAAGAGGUGAUUCUUCACUACCUUGGACCUGAAGGGGAGUUGGAUUGGAUGACAGCUUUUGCAGAGGUUGGUCAUCUACUCAAUGGGUUGGGCAACAUACAGAUAGUGAUGGUGGGACCUGAAGUUCCAACCAAUUUGUCGGGCACGACUUCGGGAAUAAGUAGCAGAGUGAGGGUGAAUCUUGUGAGGGGUUUUUACCAGGAGGAAGCGACCUAUCUGCCGCCUCCUCAUGUUGUUGUUGCACUUAACUGUGGAUUGGAGUGUUAUGCCAGUUGGAUGGGAACUCUUGAUUUAAUCAAAUCCAUGGGAAUUCCAGCCUUCUUUACAGACCAGUGUGAAAUUUCAUGUGCAAAUGCUAAACAGGUUCUUCGUAAUGCUGGACUGCACAUCACUCAUCCUGUGACACCAAAUCCUUUUCGCUCUCCAGUGAGAUAUCAUGGCCCGGCUAACAAUCUUCCUUCAUAUAGCAAUGGUUUUGUGCUUGGAGUGAACACAUGAGUUGGGAACCAUAAAAACUGAAUUACUAGUUGAGUUUACUCACCUAUUAAAUUCUGGUUGUAUGAAGAUAACUAUUGGUUUGCUCCUGAGAGAUGGUAGAGGAUGUUUCAGUAAUUGAAGCAAGAUGAUUAUUGUCAUUGUUGAAGCUUGUUAUGCUAUUUUUUUUCAAUAUCUGAACAUGGGUUUUGUUUAUCAUAAACUUCAUAUUAUUGGUCCUACA